AUGUCCGUGUGGUGUGCAAACUUGGAUAAAGGGAAUACAACUAUGUUUCCACUGUUUACGGGCCAGGAAAACUCCAGUCCUACCGUUCUAAAAAUCAUACGAAGUCACUUACAGACUUUACAAAUAUCUAUGAAACAUUAUUUUCCAGACUUAAACGUUGAACACUACGACUGGAUUCGGAACCCUUUUACUUCCAUGAUACAAACAGAUGACUGUGAGGUACAACAGGAAGCAGUGGAAUUGAAGAACGACCGAACGCUUCUAGUUAAGUUUAAUGAGGUCACGCUAGACAGCUUUUGGGUGGCUCUUAACAAUGAAUACCCUCGAUUAUCGAAAAAGGCUAUUGAAGUGCUCCUUCAGUUUUCUACGUCUUGGUUAUGUGAGCAUGGCUUUAGUGCACUAACAAAUAUAAAAACAAAAAAACUAUAG